AUGCUGUGGUGUAUCCCACGGAGGUUGGGUUUCUGCCCUGAUAUCACAAAUGACAGGGUCGGGCUGUGCGUCGAGGAUUGCACGGACGAUUCGUCCUGCCCAGCCCCGCUGAAAUGCUGUUCCAAUGGAUGCGGCCACGUCUGCACGGCUCCGGUCAUAACAGAGGACAUGAAUUGGUGUAUGUCCAACCCGUGCGGCAACGGCGGCACGUGCGUUUACAACAGGCAUGGGUACGGGUGUCUGUGCGAUGCUGGUCGAUUCGUCGGCAGCCACUGUGAAGUACCUGUUCUCCAAUCCCCAUCACCAUCGUCGUCAUCGUCGUUUCCUUCAUCCCUAUCAACACCAUCAACGCCAUCGAUAUCACCAUCACCACCAGCAACAUCGUCGAUAUCACCACCAUCUUCAUCAUUGUCUUCAUCAUCAACAUUGCCAGGUUAG